GUUUGGUCUCUCUCGACGCGUGUCUGUGUGGUGGGCCGAAGGGUGCAGUUUCUUAUAGGAAGUCAAGGUUUACACAAAUUACUUGUUUUUUCAAAAAGAAAUUUACGCGGGCAUGCUUAGAUUGAUUUGUCAAAGAACGUUUCAGUGUGCAAAUUUCGCUACGCAUUGUAAAACCAACGCUCGGAUUAGCUUUUCGCGAUGUGGGUACGCUGCCCAAGCAGCAGCAGCUGCCCCAUUGCCCGAACACCCCCCUGUCCACGCAGAGCUUCCCAACUCGGAGUUCGACUCUCACGCAUACGCUGCUAUGCUUCAACAUUGUAUCCGAAACGGUGACUCGAAUUCCGCAAUGGGUCUUCACUGCAGGAUCUUGAAGAAAGGUGGUUGCUUGGACUUGUUUGCUCUCAACAUUCUUCUUAAUAUGUACGUGAAAGCGGGUAUGCUGUCUAAUGCCACUACGCUGUUUGACGAAAUGUCUGAAAGAAAUACUAUUUCUUUUGUUACGUUGAUCCAGGGAUUUGCGGACUCUCAACGUUUUGUUGAUGCUGUAGAGUUGUUUCACCGGCUGCAUACAGAAGGCCAUGAGCUUAACCAAUUUGUUUUUACUACAAUUUUGAAGUUACUUGUAAGGAUGGGAUGGGCUGAGCUGGCUUGGACCAUCCAUGCUUGUAUUCAUAAGCUUGCACAUGGCUCUAAUGCCUUUGUUGGGACUGCUCUCAUUGAUGCCUACUCUGUUUGCAGCCACGUUGAUGUUUCUAGGGAUGUUUUUGAUGAGAUUGUUUGUAAGGAUAUGGUAGCUUGGACUGGGAUGGUAGCAUGUUAUGCUGAGAAUGGCUGUUUUGAAGAAGCACUCGAACUCUUCAGUCAAAUGCGGAUGAUUGGAUUCAAGCCUAACAAUUAUACUUUUACGGGUGUGCUUAAGGCCUGUGUUGGUGUAAUGAAAUCAUGUUAUGAAGGGGAUCUAUAUGUGGGUACUGCAUUGCUUGAUAUGUACACCAAGUUUGGAGAUGUUGAGGAGGCUCGGCAAGUAUUUCAAGAGAUGCCCAAAAAUGACGUGGUUCCUUGGAGCCUCAUGGUUUCACGGUGUGCUCAGAGUGACCGUUGUGAAGAGGCUCUGGACUUGUUUUGUCAGAUGAGGCAAGCAUUUGUUGUUCCCAACCAGUUUACAUAUGCUAGCACACUUCAAGCUUGUGCAACUAUGGAGCGUUUAGAUUUUGGGAAGCAAAUCCAUUGCCAUGUAAUCAAGCUUGGUCUUGAUUCAGAUGUCUUUGUUUCAAAUGCUCUCAUGGGUGUCUAUGCUAAAUGCGGAAAGUUAGAGAACUCUAUGGACUUAUUUGUGGAAUCACCAAAUAGAAAUGAUGUAUCUUGGAACACGAUGAUUGUUGGAUAUGUUCAGUUAGGUGAUGGGGAGAAGGCGUUGGCUUUGUUUUCAAAUAUGCUUAGAUGCCAAGUGCAGGCUACAGAAGUGACGUACUCUAGUGCUCUCCGUGCUUCUGCUAGCCUAGCAGCAUUGGAGCCAGGAGUUCAGAUACAUUCUAUAACGGUCAAAACCAUAUACGACAAAGAUACUGUAGUGGGUAAUUCUUUAAUAGACAUGUAUGCUAAGUGUGGAAGCAUCAAAGAUGCCUGCCUGGUGUUUGAUAAGUUGAAGCAACGAGAUGAGGUUUCAUGGAAUGCGAUGAUCUCAGGAUAUUCUAUGCAUGGUCUUGGCCUGGAGGCUCUACAGAUUUUUGAAAUGAUGCAGGAAACAAAUUGCAAACCAAACAAGUUAACUUUUGUCGGUAUUUUGUCAGCAUGUAGCAAUGCAGGACUAUUAGAUCAAGGACAGGCUUAUUUUAAUUCUAUGGUGCAGAACUAUGACGUUGAACCGUGCGUAGAGCACUAUACUUGUAUGGUCUGGCUGUUAGGGAGAUCAGGCCAUCUUGAUAAGGCUGUGAAGUUGAUUCAGGAAAUCCCAUUUGAACCUAGUGUUAUGGUAUGGCGUGCUUUGCUCGGAGCUUGUGUUAUCCAUAAUGAUGUGGAACUUGGAAGGAUUGCUGCCCAGCAUGUUCUUGAAAUGGAUCCCCAAGAUGAUGCUACCCACGUGUUAUUGUCAAACAUAUAUGCCACUGCAAGGAGAUGGGAUAAUGUGGCUUCUGUCAGAAAAAACAUGAAAAGGAAAGGAGUAAAGAAGGAACCCGGCCUAAGUUGGAUUGAGAACCAGGGCACAGUUCAUUAUUUCAGUGUGGGGGAUACUUCACAUCCUGACAUGAAACUGAUCAACGGGAUGCUGGAAUGGUUGAAAAUGAGAACUUUGAAGGCAGGACAUGUUCCCAAUUAUAGUGCCGUUUUGCUUGAUGUGGAGGAUGAUGAAAAGGAGCGCUUCUUGUGGGUACACAGUGAAAGGUUAGCUCUAGCAUUUGGGUUAAUUAGAACAUCACCUGGGAGCCCUAUUCGUAUCAUUAAAAACCUUCGAAUAUGUGUGGAUUGCCAUGCCACAGUGAAGUUAAUAUCAAAAGUAGUGCAGCGAGAUAUUGUUGUUCGAGAUAUCAAUCGGUUCCAUCACUUUCAGGAUGGAAUUUGCUCUUGUGGUGAUUACUGGUGAUUGAUCUGCCUUAUUGGGAUCUAUGAUUCCUGGAGGGUUGAACUGAUGAAGUCACCUUGUUCUCAAGGUAAUGCGCUCCAUCCCAGAUGUGUAACUAAAAGUGAGAGAAGAUGUGGAGCUUGAUACGUCAGCACCAGUUUGUAAGCGUUACACAGUGUGUUCUGUUGUCAAAGCAAGAGAAUAUUAAGGUGCCUCUGUUUGACAGCGAGACUCCUCCUAUUCAAGACCAGUCUGAUUCUGAGAAUGUUGGUGGGGAAGGUGACUUACAGAAGGCUAAAUAGUAAGUUUCAGGAGAUUGCUUACGUCAAUUUUUUGAUCAGGUUAGAGUGUUGCUUUUGUUAAGCUUUCUGGAAUUUAGAGGUCUUGAAUAUACUUCCAAGUCACACAAGCUUGUCAGAAUCUUAUCUUGCCAAUGGUGAUUAUUAGAAGAGAUCGGUGAAACUAUUUGGAACUUGUAUGAGAAUAUUUUCAUGCUAGAUUUUAGAGCCCUUUGAAGUACACACAUAUAAAUCUUGAAACUGUAACAGCUAGUUGUACAGGUCUGAAUUCAAACUUCUUGUAGCAUCAUUGAAGUGGUGGCCAAUGAUGGUCUUUGUAUCAAGCAAUGGAUAUGUAUCCUUUAUUAAUUAUACUCAAUUUUGAUCAUCUGGCCCCUAAAUUUUGUUGGCAUGCUC